UCCCCACCUCACAAAUCUCUCUCAUCAUUCCCUUUUUUACACACUUCAUCCUAAAGAAAUUAAGCUACAAAAGCUAGCUAGCUAGAUACUUAUUUACAAUAGUAGAUAAUAUACAUGGGAAACUGUUGUGCCAGUGCCACGGAGUCAUCAUCUAUGGAUUGGGGUGGUGAUGAUUGGGGUUCUUUAUCAUCAUCUAAGAAGAGAAGGAAGAAUAAGGUGUUUGAUGAAGUUCAUGGGGAGAGUUUGGGGAACGUGGAGAAGGAGAAGCUCUUGGGUGCGCUGAGAGCUUCUUCUGAUGCCAAUGGGAAGGUGAAGAUAAAGAUCUCAAAGAAGGAGCUGGAGAAGUUGUUGGGAUCAGAGAAAGAGAUUAAUAAUAAGCAAUUAGGUGAAGGACACGCUUCGGCGGAACAAGUUCUGGCUCGCUUGAUACACGCUAGAGAUCAUGAUGAUGUUCAUCAUAGGCCUUGGAGGCCCGUGCUUCAGAGUAUACCUGAGGUUAAUUAAGGGAAGGUGGUGGGUUGUGUGGUGUAGAGCCUCAGAAAAGGUUUAGCUAGGUUUCUACUUUUCUACAAAAUCCAACUAUGUUAAUUAGCCUGGAUUCUUUUAUUUGUUUUUCCAUAUGUUUUCAGCUUGUAAGGUUGGGAAUGUGUGAUUUGUAUAUUCGUCAUUCUGCGAGUAAAACCUCAAAACUAGUGAGUUUCUUGUGUAAAACUGGACAUAAAUAAUGGAACUGUUAUAUAUAUAUA